AUGAGGUAUUCAUACGUUUUUUCUGCCGUUGCGGCCUUUGCCGUGGUCGGAGCUCAAGACAUCGACUUCGCUGGAGUUGAUGCUACGCCUGACCCAGUCAUCAACAUCAUUCCCGGCUUGAAGGAACAAGCAGUUCCUUUCGAAGUAACUGAGGCUAUUGCGGAUGUCGUCUCCGAGGUUGUCGCUGAUCCUCUCGAUGUCAAGCCUGUGUCUGAGCCUUCAGCCGUACCGGAGGUCAAGAAGCAUCUGAGGCGUGGGGCCUGCGACCCUGAGCCCAGCAACCCCAACACUUAUGGCUUCGACCUGUCAUCUGCCAGCAAGUUCCGCGCCGACUCCAAGAUCGCAUCUGUAGCCAAGGGUGCUUCCACACCAUCCGGAUACUUCAACACCUUCACAAACUUGCAGGGUGCUAGCAGUGCCUACGGAUAUCUUGGCUACAAAGUAGUCGAGAGCUACGACCCUUCUCACUGCGCAUCUGAGUGUAACUCCAAGGAUGGAUGUCUCGGCUUCAACAUCUAUGUCGAGCGCGACCCUUCGGCAAACCCAGGACCUGACUGCCGAGACCCCGAAGCUGUUGCCAACAUCAAGUGCUCGUUCUGGGGCGGACCAGUCUACACCGACACUGCCAACAACAACGGCCAGUGGCGAGAACAGUUUGAAGUCGCCAUCGCUGGAAGCAACGGCUACUCGUCUCUCACGACACAGUCUGCUGAGGGCUACAAGCAGGUCGAGCUCAAGAACAGUGCGAUCAACUCUCCUCUCGACUGCAACAAGCAAGGCUCUUACAUGGGCUACAAGCUCUUCGUUCAGCCCGCAUUCGAUGCCAAGCUCUGUGCAGCUGCCUGCAAGGAGCAGAACAAAUGGGCAACUGAACACCUACCUGCCGAUGGCAAGCCGCAGUUGUGCCGCUACUUCAACACCUACAUUCUGCUCAAGAACGGUGUUUCGCAGGGUCAAUACUGCUCCAUGUACACUCAGGAGUGGGAUGCUUCUUUCGCCACGAACGAUGGACAAUACCGCGGCGACGAUCACUACACUAUCCAGUACAGCUUUGGUUUCACGGAUGAGAGCGAUGCUGGUGUACCCGUCUGCCCCAGUGACAUUUCUUAUCUCAAGUCAAGCGGCGACGAGUUCUGCAGCAGCUACAUCGGCUACGCCCAGCCGACUACAACCGCAACCACAACCGCAAUCAUUACACCAGCUCCCCAGACUGCUACCAUCACAAGGACAGUUACGAGCACCUCCACCUCUGGAGUCGCCAUCGUUACUGCAGCCAAGUUCAACGGCAGACACGCCAGACGUGCGGAUAACAGCACCGAAGUGACCAACGACGUCGUUGUCGACCCUUACGAGAUCGCCAUCGUGGACGUCAAGACUUUCUCGCACGAGGAUGACGCAAGCAUCCCGAAGCUCAACGAAACCAUGGCAGCGGAGCUCAACAGGGCAGUCGAGAAGCGUGAUCUCACGAUUCCUGCCUCCAUCGCAGCCUGGCCCACUAGCAAGAUCUCCGCGGCUUGCUCUCAGGUCGCCACCGGCACUUCCACUACAACCCAAACAAUCACCACAACUGCCGCGACCCCCUUGGCGACUGAGACCAAGAACUUCCAAACGGUCGUUGUCGUCCAAAGCACCUGCACCAUUCCCGUGCCGAGACCAACAGCGCCUUCGUACACUAAGAUCGUAGGUGGUGACCCAUCGGAAGGUGUGCCCAUGGUUCCCGGACCUUCCGACGGCCGCUACUGGCAACAACAAUUCACCCUCAACCUGCCUUUCCCGGUCAAGGUCUUCGAAACAUCAACCACUCAGAUUGCCAUCAGCGUCAGGGGUGUCAUCAGCGUAGGUUCCUACCAGUUCAAUGCUUUCGCCGACGAACUGUACGUCUACGGCCCGGGUUGGAACCAAGGUCUCUUCUACCGUGUCGACGGUGACAUGGGCUCUCGCAAAAUCCAUUUCUCGUGGUUCACUGGCUCUUACUACUGGGGCCAUGAGCGCUUCCAUAUCACUGCCAGCUUCGACGAGGCUAAGCCCGGUAUCCUCACCAGCAAGAUCUACGAUACUUGGGGCCAGGUUACCCCCAGGCGUACCAUUUCCGUCGCUGGACCUGACAAGAACGUCGUUUUCGCCCAGCCGGGAUCCACCAACGUCCACGAAGGCCAGGAGAUUACUUUCGAUACUACUGGCGCCGGUAGCGUCUCGGCCAAGGACUUCGAUCGCGUCGAAUGCUGCAAGAAGACUGGAUGGGAGUGGCAUGUGUGCUCUGAGGUCUAA